UAUUAGGAGGUUAAAAACUUGCAUAAAAGUAUUGAUACUAGUUGGAUUUUAGCAUAUUUUAAUAAGUUUCUUUUAUUGUAAAGAUGGCAUUAGGAAAAAAGAAAGCCGAGAAAUCAUCUGAAGCUGAUGUUGAAUCAGAUUUCGAAGACUCUAUCCAGAUACCUGAAGAAAAUAUAGAAUUGCCACGUGUAGCAUCUAAACAUGAAGUCGAUGUUAAAGCUUGUCCUGUUCGAAAUGUGACAGUAUUUAUUGAUCGAGCUGAAGUGAAUAGAGAAGUGGAAAUAUCUGCUGUUCCUGGCGACUGUGAAGUAUUGGUACAAAAUCUACCAUCAGUCAUUGAUAAAGAUUCAAUAAGAGUGACCUGUUAUGGAGAAGCAACUAUUGUUGAAGUAGCAUAUCAAGAAAAAGCCAUCUCAGAAAAAGUUGAAACAGAAGAUGAGUUAGAAUCAAUAAAAUCAGAGGCUGACAAAGUACGCAGUUCGAUUAAAAAGCUAGAGGGAGAAAAAUCGCGUCUUCUGGAGAAAGUAGAAAGUGUUAAAAAUGAGAAGGAUGCUUUGGAAGAAUAUCGAGUUUGCAUUUCAGCAAGCAAAGAUGAUAAAGUUGUGGAUGUAUUGGAAAAGAAAAAUGUUGAAAAUUUAUUAAGUUUCUUAAACAUUUAUAAAGAGCGAAGUGAAAAGCUGAUGGAGGCGUCAUUUUCUUUAAACGAGAAAUUAGAAGCUAUAAAUAAAGAGAUUGAUGUUCUAAAAAAGAAUCUGGAUGGUAUGGGACCUCAAAGUCAAGAAAUUACUAUGGGAAGACGUAUUUCAAUCCUUCUGGAUGUUAAAGAGAAAGGUUCAGUCACAUUGGUAGUAUCUUACGUUGUUUCUAAUGCAAGUUGGACACCAUUGUAUGAUGUGCGAGCAUUCAAUAAAGAUAGCAGUGUACAGGUUUUGUAUUUUGCUAAUAUCAAACAAAACACUGGUGAAGAUUGGGAAGAUGCAAAAUUAUCUUUAAGUACUGCAAUGCCAAGUGUUGGUGGAAGUCCUCCUGAAUUACAGCCACAAGUACUGAAUCUAGCAGUACGUUAUAAUUUAGUUCCCGAAAAAAAACAAUAUAGAAGAUUUUCUAUGAGGAAGAGGGUGUCAGGUCUAAUGGAUAAUUUUGGAAGUCUUAGCUCUGCCCCGGCGUAUGCAGAAAGUUCACUACCAGAAGCAAUGACUGUUGAAGGUAUUACAAGCACGAAUUUCGAAAUUACUCGAUUAGCCACAAUUCAAUCCGAUGAUGUAGCACACAAAGUCUCGAUAGCUCAGCUUGAUUUCUCACCUCAAUUUGAAUACUUAUCUACACCAAAAGCAGUCGCGCAUGCUUUUUUGAAGAUUAAAGCUAAAAAUGAAUCUGCAUAUGCUAUGCUAGCUGGAGAUGCUAACGUGUUUCUGGAUAAUAAUUUCAUUACUAAGUCUUCAUUACCAUCAGUAAGUCCAAUGGAAGAAUUUGAAGUUGCUUUGGGUGCUGAUCCUGCAGUUAAAGUCACUUACAAUCCAUUGAAAAAGUUUGAACAAAAGACUGGAAUGAUAUCCAAAGCACAUGUGUACAAUUUCCAUCAACAAAUUGAAAUUAAAAAUACAAAAUCAUCUCCUAUUAAAAUUACUAUUCAAGAUCAAUGCCCCAGAAGCACAAAUGAAAAAAUAAGGGUAACUCUUCAAGAACCAAACAUGAACUUGAAAGCAUCCUCGCCAAAUGAACCUGCUGUUGUUCAAGAAGGAAAUGCAACCUUACAUACAAAUGAUUAUAAAAUUGAAUGGGUUUGCGAUAUUGCUGCUUCAGAGACAAAGAAAAUUGAUUUGAGAUAUCAAGUUGAACAUCCUGUGGGUGUAGAUAUUGCAGGACUGUAAAAACGGGAAGCGUUUGCGAAACGCGUUGUAUUAUAAACUUGUUAUUUCAUGAAAUACAAGCUGCAUUGCCA